CGAGUCAGUGGUUUUCUCCCAGAAAACGAUUGUGCUAAUGGAGAUUCUGGGGAAGUUCAAAGACACUCUGCCGUCUGAAUUGAAGAGAAAAAGGGAGGGAUCAUUUGGAGCACACAGACAGGAUUUCUUUUUCCCAAGAAUGUCUCCUUGGCCGGUGGUUUGCAGUGUGACUCUGAUGAUUUUGUUGGUGUUCAUCAGCCUUACUCCUUUUCUCUUCAAAUUAAGAGGGAAACAUCUCAACACUAUCAGUAAACUUCAAGUAGACCUAGAGUGGAGGAGAUCCCUAAGCAAUGCAGUGACUGUGACUCUGGAUCCAGACACGGCUCAUCUCAAACUCGUCCUGUCUGAGGGAGGGAAACAUGUGAGAUGGGGAUACAAAUGGCAGCGACUGCCGAACAACCCUGAGAGAUUUGACACUGAGCGCUGUGUGCUGGGCUGUGAGGGAUUCACCUCGGGGAGACAUUGCUGGGAGGUGGAGGUGGGGGAUGAGGGAUACUGGGCUGUGGGGGUGGCAAGAGCGUCUGUGAGGAGGAAGGGAGGGAUCAGCCAUAGCCCUGAGGGGGGGAUCUGGGCUGUGGAGCGGUGGGAGGGUCAGUUCCAGGCUCUCGCCUCCCCUGCAACCCCCCUGCCCCUGAGCCGGGCCCCCAGCAGGAUCCGGGUUUGUCUGGACUGUGACCGGGGGCAGGUGACAUUUAUCGAUGCUGGUGACGAGGCCCCGAUCUUCACUUUCCCUCCGGGCUCCAUCCCUGGGGGGAGAAUCCGACCCUGGUUCUGGCUGGGGCCGGGAUCCCAGCUCAGACUGUGUCCCUGAGACACGCAGCAGAGGAGGGAACCGGAAAUCAGCCUCUCUAGCCUCAUGAACCCUAGUCUCUAUGAUCUUGGAGGACUCCUAUCUGCGCAGCCCCUGGUGCCUCAUCUCUAUGGCCCCUGGAAGCUCUUCCCCCUCCCUGCAGUCCCAGGAGACAGAGGGGGAAGAACCCCUGGGGUUGCGGGGAGACAUGCUGGAUGGGGGUAGCACUAACAGCUGAGCAGGAGACAGGCAGAUGUGGGGGUGGCAGGGACACAGAAUUAAUCAAUCAGGGUUGGGGGAGCUGGGGAGAAGCUGGAAGAGCUGCAGCAGCAGGGAGCAUUUUGUGCAGAUCUGUGGAUUAGAUCUCACUGACGCAGCAAGAGGGGAAAGGAUAAGGAAUGGAGGGGAAUGAAUGGAGCAGCCAAGAGGGAUGAUCUGUGACAGGGAGGGGAGGAGAGUGAAAGAGACACAGGAAAAUAAACAGGGAUCACAAGUGAGGGCUAGAAAAAUGCUGAGUAGAAAAGGACAGUGAGGGAGGAGGAAGAGGGGGGAAGAAAAGGGAGAACAAAAGGGAACAUGAGUGGGAUGGAGAGAUUUAUUACUGAAAGUGAGACUGUGACUCAUUACUUUCCUAUAUUAAUUCCUGGACAUUGGUGCUAUUUUAGUGCCGUUAAGCAAACUGCUCUGAGUAGCUGUGGAUCUCCUUACAAUAUGCUGUGGUCAUUAAACUCUCUUAGCUCCUUUUACUUUCCUGCUUUCCACCUACUUACUGUAAAAUAAAAACAUUACAAA